AUGGUAGCGGAGCUGGUUCGGACCUCCCAGGAGGAGGCUUCUUCCAGCCAGGCACCGCAGGGUGCCAAAGGAACAGCCGAGCCCGAAAAGGGCAAAGGCAAAACCGGGGAAAAGGGAGCAGGGAAGCCCACAAAGGGCAAGCCUGCCAAAGGAGCUGCGCAGCCCGCCAAGGGCAAGGAGCCCGCGCAAGGCCCUGGGAAGAAGAAGAACGGCCGAGGUGGUCGUUCCCAAGCGGCCCGCGCCACCCGCGAGGCCCGCGGCGCCGAGAGGCGCGAAAGAGAGGGUACAGACCCGGUCGUCCUCAGAGAGGGCCCGGGGACUGAUAUCCCAGAGCCGCGCACCCCGGAGGAAACUCCCGAAGGUGCCGGCCAGGUGAUUCAGAGCCCCAGCUCUGAGUCCUCCUUGGACACCGCGGCGGUGCCCAAGGUUCCAGUCUUCACAGGCCCCGCCCCUGGAGAAGACACACCGGACUUCGGAGGAAGCGACUCCGAAGGAGAGCGGGAAGCCCCGCCCGCUGCUGCUGCAGCUUCCUCUUCUAGCGGGGCCGUCCCUGCUAAGAAAGAGGAGCCGGCAGAGCGGGUCGCCCCGCCUGCCUCCGCAGAGGCGGCCGCAGAGCCAGCCGAGGAGGCAAAACCAGAAGCCUCACCGAAGGCCACCCCGGAGGCAAAGCCGAAGGCCUUGCCAAAGGGCGCUCCGGCAGCGAAGGCCCCAACGGUGAAGGCGCCGCCGCCUCACCUUGGGCCACCGCCUCCACUGAACACCUCACCGGCCGACGACGGUGAGCAGGUGGAGACAGAGGAGAGUUCCUCUGAGGGCCAAGGGCUAUCUUCGACGCGUCAAGAGAUGAGCCAGCAGCCGGCUUAUCCACCCCCGCAGGGCGACCCCGUGGUCGAGGCGCUGCGCGGGGAAGUGGCAACCCUUAGGGGGUUGCUGGAGAGCCAAGCGCAGCAGCUGCAGGCUGCGAUUGGCGAGCUUGCGGCCCAAAGACAGCAAACACAGGGCCUUGCUGCAGCAGCCGCUCCGGCGGCACCCGCCCCUGCGCCUGCGCAGGCGAGCGGUGGAGGGCACUUGCUCAAGAGCAUGCGGCUCCCUGCCGCCUUUAAGGGGCGAGACGACUGGGAGCGCUUUGCCUUUCAGGCAGAGUCCUACCUGGCGGUCGUAGACACCAGGUACCCAGCAGAGCUGGAGGUGGCUCGAAAGUGCAAGGUGCCACUCCAGAUGACCGCCAUGACCGAAAUGGCGCAGGGCGUGAGGGAGGUAGUGGUGAGCUACUUGCAAGCCAAAAGGGUUUGGACCCCGAGUGCGGGCUACGCCGCCUCUUCCCGAAGGGACCCUAACGCCAUGGACAUUGGCAGAAUAGGGGACCACGGAAAAGAAGGGAAGGGCAAAGGCGACCAAAAGGGCAAGAAGGGGGACAAGGACCACAAGAAGGGCAAGGGCGACCACGACAACAAAGGAAAGAAAGGGGACAAGAAGGGGAACCAGCAAGGAGGCAGAGACGGCAAGGAAAGAUGCCCAAUCUGCUGGAAAACGGGGCACACCGUAAAGGAGUGCUGGUUCAACGCCAAGGGGAAGGGCAAAGGCAACAAAGGCCAGGUGGCCCAAGUGGCCGACGACGCGGCCACCACGUUGUCAACAGCCUCCUUGGCGACUGCGGGCCCCUCCGCGUCCCAAGCUGGUGGAAGCACUGGCGGCUCUGGCGGUAAAGGCCAGGUGCGCCAGGUGCGCGACGACCGCAUCUUAGGUGUGCGGUUUGCCCCGCCUCACGACACCGAGCCAGAGGAAGAAAAGAUCCUCAAGGUGUCGGGGAGUCUUCUCGUGGACUCCGGGGCGCGUGUGUCCGUUUGCAGGCCCGAGGCGUUUCCCGACCUGCAGCCCGCGGGCCCACCAAAGAGCCUUUACUCGGUGGACAACAGCCGCCUGAAGACAAAGGGCCGUGUCCAGCCGAGCCUCCUCUUAGGGGAGGAGCGCCAGUCCUGCAAGGUCAACUUUGAGGUGACCGAGGACAUAGAGGACGAGAUCCUCAGCAUCAGCCGUGCUGUUGAGGCCGGUGCGGGCAUUUGGCUCCACCGAGAGGACAGCCACAUUUUGUGGCCAGACGGCGUCCGAGCCUCGAUCCUCAAGAGAGGGUCACAGUUCCUCCUACCCUACGAGCGGGAGCUCCCGCCGGGGUCAACAAACCGGGUGGCACCGGUGGCGGCAGAGCCACCGAGCCCAGGCCGAGACCUGGGGCACUACGAGUACAUCCCGGAACACGACCUCGAGCAGGCUGAGCAGCCUGACUCAAGGCCACGCGGCGUGGUGCGAGAAGUGCGUGGAGGGGCGCGCGAGGACCCGCACCGCCGCCGUGAGCCCGCUGAUGAUCCGGUGACGCCACUUGUCACCAUGGAUUAUCAGUUCUACAGCCGGGACGGGAAAGAAGUUGAGGAAGAAGCGCACGUCGCCUGGCUGCAGGCCCGUUUCGGGACCAAGUCAACGGACGGGGUGACACCAUAUCGGGCAGCCACUGGCACCGACUAUGGUGGAGCGCUUUGCUCUUUUGGGGAAACCGUGCUAGCCAAGCUCCCAAGGCCCGGGAACAAAGCGCAAGUGCGCUGGGUCAAAGGGGUCUGGACUGGCAAGCUGGAGCGCGACGACUCCCACGUGGUGCUGACCGAAGCAGGCGCACUCAACGUGAGGAGCGUCAGGCGACUCUCGCCGGAAACCCGGCACCAGACGGCAGCCGCUCUCAAAGCGUGCGGCCUGCCUUGGAACCCCAGAUUUGGCCGCGCAGCACCAGCAGAGCGCAGCGAGCCGAUGAUGGUGCCAAUCCCUCUGGCCACGCCGGCCGAGGAGGUGGAGCGGCGAGAACCGCCCGGUGAGCGCUGGCUCUUUCACGACGGGCCACGGCCCGACGACGAGGCCCUCCUAGUGGAAGGAGCCGAGCAGGCCAGCAGGCUCCCGGACGCCAGUCCCACCCAGGACCUGGCUAACGCCGACAUACCGGACUACGAACCGUCCGACGUGGAGGCAGCACCCGCCGCAGCAAGCGCGCCGCCACCACAGGCGGCAAGCCCCGCCCCAGCCGCCAACGACGGCUCAGGCGAAGGGGGGCAGAAGCGCGACUCUGCGGGUUCCUCCGCGAGCGCAGCGGCAGCACAGCAGCCGCCUGCAGCUAAGAGCCGCACGGAGCCCAAGAAGGCACCGCGGCUAGGAGCGCUCACUGAGCGCGAGGUGUGGCAGCACAUCGCUGCCUUAGCCGACGCGCCGCUCACCAACUACCAGGGUGAGCGGGUCGAGCAGGCACGCAAAGAGCAGCUGAGAAAGCUGUGGGACCGAGGCGCUUUCACGCCCGUGCUGCGGUCUGAAGUACCGCGCGGGGCGCAGCUCUUUAGGGCAAAGUGGGUCGACAAGUGCGACAAAGGGCGGUACAAGUCCAGAUGUACAUGCGCCGAUGUCAAGGCCCGCUACAGCCCAGAGCAGGAAGCUGGCAUGGACAUUUUCGUCCCAACGCCAACGCCCGAGAGUCACUCCCUUUUGGAAGUAGCAGCGCUACACAACGAAGGGUGGGUCACUAGGUCUUUGGAUAUAGUGGCAGCCUUCUUGAUUGGGAGGGACCGCAGUGCGGCGGAAGGCUGCCCGGUCUAUAUGCACGCGCCCGUGGAGUGGCGCGAGCUCUUUGACCAAUGGGUCUUGGAGCAGCCAACAAAGGACCAGCAGUGGUACCGAGACCACUUCCGGGACUUUGUGUUUAGGGUGGACGGCAACCUUUACGGCCGUAGAACGGCCGGGUCCGUCUACAGGGACGAGCUGGAGGAAGUCUUGACUGGCAAGCUCAGCAAGGACUACGACUUCCAGCGAGGCGUGAAGGACCCGUGCGUGUUCCUAGACCGCCGGUCCGGCUUGAUCCUUCUCCACCAUAUCGACGACAUUCGUAUAACGGUGGGAGAACUGGAGGAGCCGGGCACAGCGGUGGAGGUCCUCGGAAGGACCAAGGUGCGCACCGAGGACUCAAUCCUCACGCUGCCCGACAGCAAGCACGCAGACAAUGUGUGCGAGCAGCUCGGCAUAGGGCCCAAAGACAAAGGGGUCGUGCCGAGCAAGCCUCUGGACCUGUCAAGGUCCGAGGAACUCUCUGCGGGAGACUCCGCGAGGUUCCGCAGUGCCGUCGGUAGUGCCAUCUACCUGUCGGCAGACCGGCGCGACAUACAGUUCGCCGUGAAAGAGCUGGCACGCAGACUGCAGAACCCACGCAUCUGCGAUUGGCUCGCUGCGGAAACCCUCGCGCGAUACCUGCGGGCAACCCCGCGGUUUGGAAGAGUGGUUGUGCUGGACCCGGCGUCCAAGAGCACAGCCCUUCUGAACUUGGAGGUCUACUCAGACUCCGACUGGGCGGGGUGCCCAGAGACAAGAAGGAGCACAGACAACAUAGUUGCCUGUCUCGGGGGAGCAGUCAUCCAGACAAGCUGCCAGACACAGCCCGGCCUCCCAGCAACCUCCAGCGGAGACGCGGAGAUCCGAGGCGUGUCGCGAGCAGCAAGGGAGGCCGUCUUCCUACGAGAACUUGCGGAGAAAGACUUCGCCCUGGCCUGCGGCUUGCCGCGGCUCUGGGCGGACUCCGCAGCUUCGAUCGGCGCGCUCAGAGCCAAACUUCUCGAACUGAGAAAAGUUAAGGGAACCGAGAAUCCGGCAAACUUCGCCACCAAGCACGCGGGCACGUCGCCUGGCUGCAGGACCGUGCUAGCCAAGCUCCCAAGGCCCGGGAACAAAGCGCAAGUGCGCUGGGUCAAAGGGGUCUGGACUGGCAAGCUGGAGCGCGACGACUCCCACGUGGUGCUGACGGAAGCAGGCGCACUCAACGUGAGGAGCGUCAGGCGACUGCCGCCGGAAACCCGGCACCAGACGGCAGCCGCUCUCAAAGCGUGCGGCCUGCCUUGGAACCCCAGAUUUGGCCGCGCAGCGCCAGCAGAGCGCAGCGAGCCGAUGAUGGUGCCAAUCCCUCUGGCCACGCCGGCCGAGGAGGUGGAGCGGCGAGAACCGCCCGGUGAGCGCUGGCUCUUUCACGACGGGCCACGGCCCGACGACGAGGCCCUCCUAGUGGAAGGAGCCGAGCAGGCCAGCAGGCUCCCGGACGCCAGUCCCACCGAGGAGCUGGCUCACGCCGACUUUUACCGGACUACGAACCGCCAAAAAGGGCAGAAGCGCGACUCUGCGGGUUCCUCCACGAGCGCAGCGGCAGCACAGCAGCCGCCUGCAGCUAAGAGCCGCACGGAGCCCAAGAAGGCACCGCGGCUAGGAGCGCUCACUGAGCGCGAGGUGUGGCAGCACAUCGCUGCCUUAGCCGACGUGCCGCUCACCAACUACCAGGGUGAGCGGGACGCGUGGGUUGGGCAGGUGACAGACCUGCUGGACCGCAUGCUCGACCCUAAGCAGGUCGAGCAGGCACGCAAAGAGCAGCUGAGAAAGCUGUGGGACCGAGGCGCUUUCACGCCCGUGCUGCGGUCUGAAGUACCGCGCGGGGCGCAGCUCUUUAGGGCAAAGUGGGUCGACAAGUGCGACAAAGGGCGGUACAAGUCCAGAUGUACAUGCGCCGAUGUCAAGGCCCGCUACAGCCCAGAGCAGGAAGCUGGCAUGGACGUUUUCGUCCCAACGCCAACGCCCGAGAGUCACUCCCUUUUGGAAGUAGCAGCGCUACACAACGAAGGGUGGGUCACUAGGUCUUUGGAUAUAGUGGCAGCCUUCUUGAUUGGGAGGGACCGCGGUGCGGCGGAAGGCUGCCCGGUCUAUAUGCACGCGCCCGUGGAGUGGCGCGAGCUCUUUGACCAAUGGGUCUUGGAGCAGCCAACAAAGGACCAGCAGUGGUACCGAGACCACUUCCGGGACUUUGUGUUUAGGGUGGACGGCAACCUUUACGGCCGUAGAACGGCCGGGUCCGUCUACAGGGACGAGCUGGAGGAAGUCUUGACUGGCAAGCUCAGCAAGGACUACGACUUCCAGCGAGGCGUGAAGGACCCGUGCGUGUUCCUAGACCGCCGGUCCGGCUUGAUCCUUCUCCACCAUAUCGACGACAUUCGUGUCGCCGGGCCCAAGGCCGCAGUGCUGAAGUUCACCGAGGUGGAUCUCCCGGCACACUGCGAGAUAACGGUGGGAGAACUGGAGGAGUUCCGCAGUGCCGUCGGUAGUGCCAUCUACCUGUCGGCAGACCGGCGCGACAUACAGUUCGCCGUGAAAGAGCUGGCACGCAGAAUGCAGAACCCACGCAUCUGCGAUUGGCUCGCUGCGGAAACCCUCGCGCGAUACCUGCGGGCAACCCCGCGGUUUGGAAGAGUGGUUGUGCUGGACCCGGCGUCCAAGAGCACAGCCCUUCUGAACUUGGAGGUCUACUCAGACUCCGACUGGGCGGGGUGCCCAGAGACAAGAAGGAGCACAGACAACAUAGUUGCCUGUCUCGGGGGAGCAGUCAUCCAGACAAGCUGCCAGACACAGCCCGGCCUCCCAGCAACCUCCAGCGGAGACGCGGAGAUCCGAGGCGUGUCGCGAGCAGCAAGGGAGGCCGUCUUCCUACGAGAACUUGCGGAGAAAGACUUCGCCCUGGCCUGCGGCUUGCCGCGGCUCUGGGCGGACUCCGCAGCUUCGAUCGGAGCCGCCAAGCGGAUAGGCCCAGGGUCUAAACUUAGACACCUGGAAGUCGCGGAAUUUUUCGUCCAAGGCGCGCUCAGAGCCAAACUUCUCGAACUGAGAAAAGUUAAGGGAACCGAGAAUCCGGCAAACUUUGCCACCAAGCACGCGAAGACUGGACCGGAGGUGCGGCAAUCCCUGCCCUCCAUGGGCAUGGUGGACCUCGACGCAGUCGCAGGUGCCGCCGAGGCUCUUGCCCAAAAGGGCACGAUCAAGACAAUCCAGGCAAGCCCCUGGAAAAUGAGUCCGCCGACCAAGCUUCCGAGCUCGGCGCUCAUGGCCACAAUCGUGGCACUGCAGGUUCGACCUGCAAAGGCCCAAGGGCACGACUUCGCUGAGCUGGUGCUCGGCUUCGCGGCCCUAGGCUUCCUGGCCUUCUUGUGGAUGCUUUGGGGCCUCGUCUCCUGGCUCUGCAGGUGCAGACGCGAAAGGCACGAGCCUGAGCCCGAGGCUGAAGUGGAGCACCACGCCGAGCGUGCCGAGGAGCCGCCGCGUGCAGCCCCAAGGGCCACAGAGGUCUGGCUAAGGCCAGAAGCGCCAGAAGAGGCGCAAGCAGAAGCAUCGAACCAGGCGCAGGCAGAAGCGCCGAACCAGGCGCAAGCACAAGGAGGUGGGCAGCAGCCCAGGGGGGCUCAAGAGCCAGAGCCUGAGGGCGAGCGGACCCCGGGUCCGCCCCCUGCGGCACACGUGCCACCACCACCGCCGCCCGCAGCACCAAGGGUGCGGCGCAGGCGUAGGGGACCGGAACCCCUUUCCGGGGACGACGAGCAUCUCUACGAGACAGCCUGUGGUGACAGGAUCCACCUGUUCACCAACUGCAACGGGUUGAGCUCCGUCCCACGGGAUCAAAUCCUGAUCGGUUUUCGCUGCCAUUGCGCAGCAGAUCCCCAGAACUCGGAGUACCUUUGGACCGGGUUCUCUUUUCAGGUGGCCACCGGCCGCGUCGUGCGCCGGUACCACGGCCAACAAAGAGGUUGCCCCUUCAUGGAGGGAGCAACAAUGAGGCAUCGAGUGUGCCUGCACUGCCGCAACGGGCACCAAAGCACCAAGCCCGGCAGUGCGGUGAACAACUCCCGCCUUUGGGUGCCUCCACCUUGA